AUGGCAGUGCCGGCGGCUUUGAUCCCUCCGACCCAGCUGGUCCCCCCUCAACCCCCGAUCUCCACGUCUGCUUCCUCCUCCGGCACCACCACCUCCACCUCCUCUGCGACCUCGUCUCCGGCUCCGUCCAUCGGGCCCCCGGCGUCCUCGGGGCCAACUCUGUUCCGGCCGGAGCCCAUCGCUUCGGCGGCGGCGGCGGCGGCGGCGGCGGCGGCGGCGGGCACAGUCACCUCCACCGGCGGCGGCGGCGGCGUGGGCAGCGGAGGCGGCGGCGGCGGCGGCAGCGCGGGCAACGGAGGCGGCGGCGGCGGCGGCUGCAACCCCAGCCUGGCGACCGCGGGCGGCGGCGGCGGCGGCGGCGGCGGCGGCAGCAUCAGCGCCGGCGGCGGCGUUGGCGCCUCCAGCACCCCCAUCAACGCGAGCACCGGCGGCGGCGGCAGUAGCAGUAGCAGUAGCAGCAGCAGCAGCAGCAGCAGCAGUAGCAGUAGCAGCAGCUGCGGCCCCCUCCCCGGCAAACCCGUGUACUCGACCCCGUCCCCAGUGGAAAACACCCCCCAGAAUAAUGAGUGCAAAAUGGUGGAUCUGAGGGGGGCCAAAGUGGCUUCCUUCACGGUGGAGGGCUGCGAGCUGAUCUGCCUGCCCCAGGCUUUCGACCUGUUCCUGAAGCACUUGGUGGGGGGCUUGCACACGGUCUACACCAAGCUGAAGCGGCUGGAGAUCACGCCGGUGGUGUGCAAUGUGGAGCAGGUUCGCAUCCUGAGGGGACUGGGCGCCAUCCAGCCCGGAGUGAACCGCUGCAAACUCAUCUCCAGAAAGGACUUCGAGACCCUCUACAAUGACUGCACCAACGCCAGUUCUAGACCUGGAAGGCCUCCUAAGAGGACUCAAAGUGUCACCUCCCCAGAGAACUCUCAUAUCAUGCCACAUUCUGUCCCGGGCCUUAUGUCUCCUGGGAUAAUCCCACCAACAGGUUUGACAGCAGCAGCUGCAGCAGCUGCCGCUGCUACCAAUGCAGCUAUCGCCGAAGCAAUGAAGGUGAAAAAAAUCAAAUUAGAAGCUAUGAGCAACUAUCACGCCAGUAAUAGCCAACAUGGAGCAGAUUCUGAAAAUGGGGACAUGAAUUCAAGUGUUGGCAGCAGUGAUGGUUCUUGGGAUAAAGAAACACUGUACUCUUCCCCACCUCAGGGAUCUAAGGCUUCUGUUACCCACCCCCGCAUACCUGGAGUGCAUAGCCUUCCAGUUAGUCAUCCUCUCCACCAUCUUCAGCAGAGCCACCUUCUGCCAAAUGGACUGGAGCUUCCUUUUAUGAUGAUGCCCCAUCCUCUAAUUCCUGUCAGCCUACCUCCAGCAUCUGUCACCAUGGCAAUGAGCCAGAUGAACCAUCUUAGCACCAUUGCAAAUAUGGCGGCAGCAGCACAAGUUCAGAGUCCCCCAUCCAGAGUUGAGACAUCUGUUAUUAAGGAGCGUGUUCCCGACAGCCCGUCACCUGCCCCCUCCCUGGAGGAGGGCCGAAGGCCUGGCAGCCACCCGUCAUCACACCGCAGCAGCAGUGUGUCCAGCUCUCCAGCCCGGACUGAGAGCUCCUCGGACAGAAUUCCUGUCCAUCAGAAUGGGUUGUCCAUGAACCAGAUGUUGAUGGGUUUGUCACCAAACGUACUCCCUGGGCCCAAAGAGGGAGAUUUGGCUGGUCAUGACAUGGGACAUGAGUCGAAAAGGAUGCAUAUUGAAAAAGAUGAGACCCCGCUUUCCACACCAACUGCGAGAGACAGCCUUGACAAACUUUCUCUAACUGGGCAUGGACAACCACUACCUCCAGGAUUCCCAUCUCCUUUUCUGUUUCCUGAUGGAUUGUCUUCCAUAGAGACCCUUCUGACUAACAUACAGGGGCUCUUGAAAGUUGCCAUAGAUAAUGCCAGAGCUCAAGAAAAACAGGUUCAACUUGAAAAAACAGAACUGAAGAUGGAUUUUUUAAGGGAACGAGAACUAAGGGAGACGCUUGAGAAGCAGUUGGCAAUGGAACAAAAAAAUAGAGCCAUAGUUCAAAAGAGGCUAAAGAAGGAGAAGAAGGCAAAGAGAAAAUUGCAGGAAGCACUUGAAUUUGAGACAAAACGGCGUGAGCAAGCCGAACAAACACUAAAACAAGCAGCUUCAACAGAUAGUCUCAGGGUCUUAAAUGACUCUCUGACCCCAGAGAUAGAAGCUGACCGCAGUGGCGGCAGAACAGAUGCCGAAAGGACAAUACAAGAUGGAAGACUGUAUUUGAAAACUACUGUCAUGUACUGAAUCUUUCCUGUUGAAGAAAC